AUGGACACCCAGAAAGAUGUUCAACCCCCAAGGCAGCAGCCAAUGAUAUGUACUUGGGGAGAGUGUCACACCAAAAAGGAAAUAAUAAAAUCCAGGCAUCCAAUCAGACGCAGAGAAUGUGGAUACAGAAUAAUGUACAAGAAAAGGACUAAGAGACUGGUGGUUUUUGAUGCUCGAUGAAGUGGGAAUUUAGGAAUGUUCGUGCAUUUGCCCCGUUGAUGUUUAUCUUCGUUGUAUAGCUUUUCACUUAGCUUACUUAAUGAAUACAACUGUAUACAUAGGGUUUCAUUUUAGAAAUGCAAUUGUAUUUUUAAUACUUUGUAUAAAGGAAAUUUCAGUUCAACAUAACUUCUAAUUUAUUGUUCUUGUAAUCUUACACACAAUGAAGAUUAAAAUUGUUUCCCAA